AGAAGCCAUAGAUAAUAUAUAAAUGCAGUAGUAGUGGAAUUUCUGACUUUGCAUCAACGAUCACAUUCAUGGGUGGCAUUGCAUGGACCGAGGAAGAGGAUAACUUGCUCAAGAAAUGCAUACGACAGUAUGGCGAAGGGAAAUGGCAUCGUGUUCCUCUUCUGGCUGGUCUAAAAAGGUGCCGAAAGAGCUGUAGGCUUAGAUGGUUAAACUACCUCCGACCUAACAUCAAGAGAGGUCAGUUUUCCCAUGAGGAAGUUGAUCUUAUUAUCAAGCUCCACAGGCUUCUAGGCAACAGGUGGUCAUUGAUUGCUGGCAGACUUCCAGGAAGGACUGCUAAUGAUGUAAAGAACUACUGGAACUGUCAUUUGAGUAAGAAAUUAAAUGCCCAAGAAACUGAACAAAACAACAAAAAUGAUGGAAAUAUGGUGAAUGUUACAAGACCACAGCCUCGAAACAUCGAAAAAAGCUGCUCAAGGAGACCAUGUUUCAAGCCACCAGAAGAUGCCGGUAGCACAUCAACACCAGUCCCAUGCAUUGAACAGAGUCAGAUAUAUUUGGAGGACAAUGGAUACCACACAUGGAAUGAAGAAUAUGGUGCUGUAGGGGGAUUUUCGACGAAUAUUCAAUUCGAACAAGUUAGAGAGGAAGAUGAGACCAACGGUAAAUGGGACUUGGACGACUUCAUUUUGGAUCUGGAUCUUUGGAAUGAUUCUUUCUGA